AUGGAUAAUUGUAAUAUCUUGAGUUGGAACUUAAGGGGGUUGAAUGGUCCUAAUAAGCAGGCUACUGUAUUAGAUAUAUGUAGUAGGAAUAAAGUGGGGGUUGGAGCUCUCUUAGAAACUAAAAUGAGAGGGAAUAAAGUCAUGGAGUUGAUGGUUAAUAAAUUUAUGAACUGGGAUUAUCAUUCUAGUCUUGUCACUGAAGGCCGAAUAUUGAUCAUAUGGAGGAAGAUAUUUGUCAAGGUUAUUGUUCUAGAGGAGACUAAUCAAUAUGUCCACUGUUUUGUUAAAAUGGCUGGUCAGAGACAUGCUUUUAGUGCUGCAUUUGUGUAUGGGCUUAAUACAAUGGAGGAACAGAAGAGUUUAUGGCAUAGUUUACCUAAGCUUACUUUUCCUGCCACUUCUUGGGUUAUCUUGGGAGAUUUUAAUGCCAUAUUUACUGUUAAGGAUAGAAAUGGAGGUAAACCUGUGUCCAAAUUGAAAUUGUUGGAUUCUUCUCAGUGGCUUGCUAGGAAUCAAGUGGAUUCACUUAAAAGUACUGGCUCUUUUUUUACUUGGACUCAUAAUCAAGAUGGGCAUGCUCGUAUCUAUUCUAAGAUAGACCAUGUCUUUGCUAAUGAGGAUUGGCUAGAUUUUUUUCCUAACUCAAUAGCUAUUUUUCGGUGGGAAACUGUCUCUAACCAUUGCUCAUGUACUAUUUCUACUAUGGCCAUGGAGAAUCUGGGAGUUAAGUUGUUUCAGUUUUAUAACUUUUGGACUGAUCAUAAAGAUUUCAAAGAGGUGGCUUUGAAUAGUUGGAGGAAGCCGAUUAAUGGGACUGGUUUGAAGGUUAUCUAUUUGAAGACUAUGCGGUUGAAACAUAAAUUGAAGAGAUUUAAUAGGGACCACAUUGGAGACAUAGGAGUGCAAUAUCAGGUGGCAAAGGAUCAAUACCAGGAAGCUCUUUUCCAAGCUCAAAAUCAUCCCCGAGACCUUCCUUUUCAAGAGAAAGCCAAGGCUGCUGCUGAAGCUUUCACUACUCAGGAGCAAAUGUAUCAUAGCUUCUUGGCUCAAAGAAAUAAAAUUACUUGGUUAAGGAAGGGUGAUAUGAAUACCUCUUAUUUUCAUGCUUGUUUAAAAAAGCGUAAGGAAGAUAAUAGAAUUGCUACUUACAUAACUGAACAAGGUAGGGUGGUUGAUAAUUUUCUUGAUGUGGUCUCUCAUUUUUUGGAUCACUUUAGAAGCUUUAUGGGUAGUCCUAGUUCAGCUACUAAGAAGAUAAAUAUGCAAUGUGUGUAG